AUGGCUUCAGCCACGCUGGCUCAAGAGAGUGCAGUUUUGGAACGGGACUUCGUACUGUUGGUCACUGUUAAGGAUUUGGGAAACCCAAAGGCUAUGCUGGAGACUCAUAGCACCAUUUCCAAUCAUAGGGCAUUGAUGGUUUCCUUGGUUCCCAAAUUUACGCUGCCAGCCCACCGGCCAGAGAUCGUUUUCGUGGUUGACAGAAGCGGAAGCAUGAGAGAUAAAAUGCCAAUGGUCAUAUCUGCAAUGAAGGUUUUUCUGAAAUCUUUGCCAGUGGGAACCCAUUUCAAUAUCUGCUCCUUCGGCACCAGUUACUCAUUUCUGUGGGCAAAGUCAAAACAAUACACACCGGACAGCUUGAAAGAGGCUCUCCAGCGGAUUAGAACUUUCCUAGCUAAUCUUGGAGGGACUGAGACAUUGAAAGCACUUACCGCCGCGAUCGAAAAUCGAUUACCGGACUUGCCACUGGAGAUUAUGCUCCUUACAGACGAGAAUAUAUGGCAGCAAUCGGAGUGUUUUGAAUACCUAAAUGGCGAAGUCAACAAGAGUCAGGGAAAGAUCAGAGUGUUUCCACUAGGUAUAGGGGAAAGCGUUUCACAUGCUUUGAUCAAUGGAAUUGCCCGAGCAGGAAAUGGGUUUUCGCAGACUGUACAGCGUGGCGAAAAUAUGGGGAGAAGUGUUGUCCGUAUGCUGCGCGGCGCACUGCACCCCCAUAUCACGGAUUACACCGUGGCAAUUAAAUACGAAUCCGAAGACGAUGAUUUCGAGAUCAUCGAAAGAGUCACAGACAGUAUGAAGUUCCUCCUCUCGAAUAUUGACAAGAAACCUGAACAACCGGAAGAGCAAAAUCUCCCUACAAUCUCUCUGUUCGAUCCAACCGUUGAAGACCUUGAAGAUACAGUCAUGCAGGAUGCACCUCCUCGACAGCUACCAGACAUACCGACGCCAAAACUCUUACAGGCCCCGGACAAGAUUCCUUCGUUGUUUCCAGGAGUCAACACGGUAGUAUACUUGUUGAUGUCUCCGGAAACAAUCCAGCGAAACCCAACAACCGUGGUUCUGAAAGGUAAAUCUGCACAUGGGCCGGUGGAGCUAUCCAUUCCUAUCGAGAUACUUCCGGUACCAUCCAAUACUAUACAUCAGCUAGCAGCUAGAAAGGCUACCCAAGACCUCGAGGAAAGCAGAGGUUGGGUCUACAACGUGGAAGAAGACAAAGGUGGUUUGAAAGACUGUUAUCCAUCCCAGUUCGCCGAUAUUGUGAAGCGGGAGGCUGUACGCUUAGGACAGCAAUUUCAAAUUGCUAAUCGAUGGUGCUCUUUCGUAGCUGUCGCGGAUAAUGACGCCGAAAGUAUUGAAACAUUUAAUUCCGUGGUCGUUGAGAAUCUACAACAGAGCAAAGAUCAAGUCAAAGUGAACGCGAGGACCCGUCCGGCUUCUGAUGGGUUUUCCGAACGAAUGACAAGAAAUCGUCAAGUCAUACCACCACCAAUACUUGACGUGAGCAACAAGCUCAGCCGGUCUGUUAGAGGUUCAACUACUACCGCGACUACAAACACUCAUACACUCAACCCUACGGCUUCAUUCUGGCGCUCUUCGGGAGUUUCUGUUAGUUCAAAUGAAGCCACAUCCAUGUCAAUGGCCCAGGAUGUGCACCCAGGAGUCAGAAGACAGGAAGACUCAGUACCAGGGACAGAUUAUGAUUAUGGUACUUGCUAUAGAAUGCGCGAUACUUAUGAAGGUGACUCUUCCCCGAAUUUCGACCAUACCUACAAUAGUGCAAUCUUAUACCGUAGGACCGCGCCAGCACGGCGUCGUCGUCGUCAGGAAAGCAGAGCUAUCGCCCCUUCAAAUUCCUCUUCCGAAAUUGCGAGUGGAAAAGAUUGGGCCAUUGCUUCUUCGGUAGAAAGAGUUUUGAAAAUCAUCGACCUUCAACAAUUUGAGGGUACCUGGAUUCUCCUACCAGAUAUUGAGCCCAUCCUCCGCUUCAAGGUUCCUCAGGAUGUCUUCGACGUUGCGAAGAAUGCCACUGCCAAAAAAAUGUGGAUCACCCUGAUUGUUCUAUACUUCCUUGAGCAGACAAUGGCAAGAGAGGUGGAAAUUUCAGAACUUGUCAUUGCUAAGGCAAAAAUGUGGUUGUCUAGCACGAAGGCCAAGUCUGUACCAGAGAUUGAACAGAUGAAGAAGGCAGCUUUGGAGGUUGUGGGGCAAGGAAAUGGUACUGUUGGUUAG